CCGUGGUCGGGCACCAAGCUUUAAACGCUCAUUAUAAAGUCGUACGCAGCACGGGAAUCGAACGCACUACGGCUUGGUCCCUUGUAUCGGUCUAAUUGGUAUUAUAAAUAGGCCACGGUUGGUACUAACUCCCUUCAGUUUGGCACCAAGCACCGGCGAUGAAACUUUAGUUAACGAGGACACGGGGGCAAAAAAAAAUUGAAAAUAAUAAUUUUUUAAAUUAUUUUUGGUGUAUAAGUGCUGUGCUAAAUUCGGACAAGAUGACUACCUUUGUCAGGCAAUUCGACUAUCUCUUCAAUGAACUCGCAGAUCCCAGAGUGGAAAAUUGGCCACUAAUGAAGUCCCCUGGCCCUCUUUUUGGAAUAAUUGGCUUUUACUUGGCAGUCGUUUACGUGAUUUUGCCAGCUUACAUGAAAAAUCGAAAGCCCUACAGUCUAAAAACAAUUAUUUAUUAUUACAACAUAUUUCAAGUAGUCGCCUGCACAAUUCUUAUUUACGGGAUUGCAACAUCAGGAUGGACGACAGAAUACACUUUCGGCUGUCAACCUGUGGACUAUUCCGACAGACCCAUAGCGCUUAGAAUGUUAUCGUUCGUCUAUUACACAUUUAUCUUAAAAGUUAUAGAAAUGGUUGAAACCGUAUUUUUCCUAUUGAGAAAGAAAAACAACCAGGUCUCGAAAUUGCACGUGUACCAUCACGCAUCGACCGCCUUGAUCGCUUGGAGCGCCACCAAAUUCGUUGGAGGUGGUAUGACAACUUUCGCCAUUCUUUUGAACAGUUUUAUUCACAUUUUAAUGUACACUUACUACUGGUUAUCUUCAUUCGGACCUGAAAUGCAAGCUAGGCUAAAACCAUGGAAACCGAGGCUUACAAUGGCACAAAUGAUUCAAUUCUGCUUUUUGUUGGCUCACUCACUUCAGGCACUAGAACCUAGCUGCCAAGUUGCAAAAAAUUUCCUUAUCUUAUACCUACCAAACGUAAUUCUGAUUUUCUACAUGUUCUGGGAUUUCUACAAGACGAAUUAUCUUAAGGGCAAAUCAAAAAAAUCUAUCGACUAAUUUCUCCCAAUUUUUUAUUUAUUUAUUUUUGGGCUCCUUAGUGCAAAAAGGGGCUAAGUAACUACAAACUCCACUUAAAAUUUGCUUUGUAAGUGUAAUAUUUAAAAGGGAGUCAUUUUUUGUAUUCGUAUUUUUUUUAUAAAAGUUUUAUUAUUGUGAUAACUUUUUGCAUGGGGGCCUACUUUUAAGUGUAAGUGUACAGUUUAAUGAAAAUAAUUUAUUAGUUAAAACGAUUUUUAUUUUAUUUAAAAAAAAGUUAAAACCAAAGGUCAUG